CAUACACAUCUCACGCACCGACCUCUGUGACAUAAGAAGCGAAGACUGAGAGGACUGUAAGGACAGAGAUCGCGACCUAGUUCAGUCGACAAGCGCAUUUGCGCCCAGCAAUCAUGGGCAGCCGGAUUUACAUCGGCAACCUGCCCGCUGACAUUGCGGAGCGGGAUGUCCGCGACGAGUUCGAGCGCUUUGGUCGCGUUCGCACCAUUUGGGUGGCUCGCAAGCCUCCUGGCUUUGCUUUUAUGGAGAUGGAGGAUGACCGGGACGCUGCCGACGCCGUCCGCAAGCUAGACGGCUUCCAAGGCUGGCGCGUGGAGUUCUCGCGCCGCGCUGACCGCGGCCCGCCCGCUCGCGGUGGCGGAGGUGGCGGUGGCUUUGGCGGCGGCGGCGGCCCAGGCGGCCCCGGUGGCCGUGAGAUGCGCUGCUACGAGUGCGGCGAGAUUGGGCACAUUGCCCGCGACUGCCGCAACAUGCGCGGUGGCCCUGCCAGCCUGCGCGGCGGCCCGCCUCCGCCCGUCCGCGGCCGCAGCCGCUCCCGGAGCCCGCCCCGCCGCAGCCGCAGCCCCUCCUACGACCGCCGCCGGUCUCCCAGCCCCCGCCGUGACCGGGACGCUCCGCGGGACUCCGGCCGUGAUGCUCCGCGGGACGCUGGCCGUGACGCUCCUCGGGACGCUGGCCGUGACCGCGAGCGCAGCCGCAGCCGCGACCGGGAUUGAGCCUCCUGUCUCAUGCAGGCCUGGAGGAGCGCAGCAGGCAACGGAUACCACAGCACUGCAGCGACGGACUGGGCGGCUUGACGGGGGCGCUGGCACGACUACAUGCGCAGCUUGAUGGACUGCAGCUUCAUUUUGUCGGCGCUGUGUGCCCGGUCGCCUGGGCGUGUCGUGCGCGUGCCUGCUUAGUGUGCGUGUGUGUUUGCUUGUGUCUUGGCAUUCACGUGUCGUGGGGCCAUGAGCAAAUGCCCCGGCCUGCUUGUGAAUGGCUGGUAUGGUUCAACGCGCGCUCUUGAAUGCGUUUUACGGGAUGUGCCUGGUAACAGCGCGGACUUGUUUGUGUAUGAUGGUUUGUGGCUGGCCUUGAUCGGCCCGCUAUAUGAUGUGCGCGGCACUGUUUGUUUGUUCGGAGAUGGUAGUCGGACCAUAAGUAUCACCAAAUGUGGUCGGAGGUUGAUUCGUGCUUGAUUCGGCCUGAAGUCCUGAUGGGCACUAAGGAGCACGCCUGCACGCGCCCCUUUUCUCACAGGGGCCUCUGCCGUGCGCGUCACUCCCGCCCGCAUCGCUUCGCACCCACCACCCACGUCUGCUGCCACUGCUGCGCCUGCAUCCGCUGCUACUGCCCCGUGCUACUGCUUCGUUGGCCCGCGACUGCUGCUACUGCCGCGUCUCGUCUGUGUCGUCUGAGUCUUCCGUCCGUUCGUCUCGGCAUGCUUGGGGGCUUCUUCCUACUCUCCUAAGUGAUGGUGGCUGCCUGCGCGGGAACCGACGUGGCUGCAAUGAUCGAGAUGACGACGCCAUGUGAAGUUGUGUGGCGUCUGCGUCGGCUUCGGGUAGUGCGGCUGUGCCAUGGGUGGCGCUUCGCCCUGCCUCCAGUUCGUGGAUGCGACGGACGUGUCGGCGGAGGCGGCCCGGUACGAACAGGUGAGGACUGGCGAGGCAGUGCAGCUGGGUCGGGCGUGUGAUGCGUGCGGUGCUGGGUCGUGUCAGUAGGUUUGCGGGCAGUGGGGCACCGCCAUAGAGGGGUGCUGCGACUGGCGUGGAUUGCGUCUUCAUGCGGAGCCCGCGGCUGUUUGAGUCGCAAGCUACAACUUGUAACGAUGCCUUAUA